UCCUACUUGUGCUUACCUUAUUAGCUUUGGUUAUUGGGAUAGGAGAAGGCUUUGAAUACGACGAGAGGGAGUUGGAGAGCGAGGAGAGCUUGUGGGAGAUGUACGAGAGGUGGAGGGGCUACCACACACUGUCCACCAACCUCGACGAGAAGAACAAGAGGUUCAACGUCUUCAAGUCCAACACUCGCUACGUCCACAACUUCAACAAGAUGGACAACAAGCCUUACAAGCUCAAGCUCAACAAGUUUGCCGACAUGACCAACCACGAAUUCAGAAGCACGUACGCCGGUUCCAAAAUAAAUCACCACCGACAGCUGCAAGGCACCUCUCGCACUAAACCAUCCUUUCGGUACGCCAAUGCGACCACAGUCCCAACCUCUGUUGAUUGGAGGACCAAAGGGGCCGUUACACCUGUCAAGGACCAAGGAAAAUGCGGAAGCUGUUGGGCGUUUUCAGCUGUUGCUGCAAUUGAAGGUAUAAACAAAAUCAAGACAGAGAAGCUAGUUUCCUUGUCGGAGCAAGAGCUUGUGGACUGCGACACUAAGAAGAACACAGGUUGCGAUGGAGGGCUCAUGGAUUUAGCAUUUGAUUUCAUCAAGAAGGAAGGAGGCAUCACCACCGAACAAAACUACCCUUACAAGGCUAAACAAACAAAGUGUCAGGUCAAACAGAUGAAGUCACCUGUAGUAUCCAUUGACGGACACGAGGACGUGCCUGAAAAUGAUGAGGAUGCACUGCGCAAGGCAGUAGCAAACCAACCUGUCUCUGUGGGGAUUGAAGCUGCAGGUCAUGACUUCCAGUUCUAUUCAGAGGGUGUGUUCAAUGGGAAAUGUGGAACAGAGCUCGACCACGGGGUGACAAUCGUCGGGUAUGGGAAAACACAGGACGGGACCCAAUACUGGAUCGUGAAGAACUCGUGGGGAGAUGAGUGGGGAGAGAAGGGAUACAUAAGGAUGCAACGAGGAAUAGAGGACAAGGAAGGACUGUGUGGCAUUGCCAUGCUUGCAUCCUACCCGGUCAAGACCUCUUCCACCAACCCCAAACACUCAUCUUCUACUACUACUGCUGCUGAUCAAGAUGAUUUACAUAAGCCUAAGGAUGAGCUCUGAUAUGAUUCAUCCAACCGCAUGCUGUAUGGAAGCAACUCUGGUUCACAUGAACAUCGAAUACCUGCUCCACGCAUUUGUUAGUCGCCAAAAAAUAUUGCUAUAAUAUGAUUAAGUAAUUAUAUAAUGGAAAGCAUUGUGUUUGCAAAUUUUAAACGAUACUCCCUCCGUCCCAAAAAAAGGUUUUCACUUUCCUUUUUCAUUUGUUCCAAAAUAGUUUUCUCACUUUUCUCUUUCCAUUUUUAGAAAAGAAUGUGGUCCAAGAUACUUCUCUCUCUUUUAAAUAAAUUCAAACGCCUCACUUUUUACUAUUCAACACUUUUUAAUUCCCGUGAAGUCAUAAGUGAGCAAACUAAUUUGGAACGAUGAGAGUAUAAAGAUAGAUAUUGACUAAAAAUUACUCCGUAUGUUUCACAAACUGGCUCCACCACAAGUAUUCUUCUGCAUAAAACAAUACCUAAUUUGCAGCAUUGAUAUUCUAGCAAAGUUUAGUAUGAACAAAAAAGAGAAGAGUUGAGUGCAAGGCAUGAGGUGACU